AUCGAUCGACCUUAUCUCUUCCAACUGAACUCAACCGAACCAGAGAAAACCAAGCCAAGCUCCAACAAUGGCUGCCCUCGUCCAACUCCCCUACGACGCCACAGUCAAGCUCGCCCUCGCCUCCCUCGAGCGCAACCUCUUACCAGACGCCGUCGUUCGGAGACUCACCCGCCUCCUCUUGGCCGCUCGUCUUCGCUCCGGCUACAAACCCUCCGCCCAUCUCCAACUCUCCGACCUUCUUCGCUUCAUCCACUCUCUGAAGGAGAUGCCUAUAGCGAUCAAGACUGACGAGCCUAAAGCCCAGCAUUACGAGUUGCCCACUUCCUUCUUCAACCUCGUUCUAGGGCAAAAUUUCAAGUACAGUUGUUGUUACUUUGAGGGAAAAUCGAGUACAUUGGAGGAAGCUGAAAAGGCAAUGUUGGAGAUGUACUGUGAAAAGUCAAAGCUUGAAGAUGGUCAAAGUGUUCUUGAUGUUGGGUGUGGAUGGGGAUCACUCUCUCUGUACAUUGCUCAAAAGUACAAGAAUUGUAAGAUCACUGGUAUUUGUAACUCUUCUACUCAGAAAGAUCACAUUGACCAGCGUUGUAGAGAACUUGAGCUAGAGAAUGUGGAGAUCAUUGUGGCUGAUAUUAGCACAUUUGAAAUGGAAAGUUCUUUUGAUAGAAUAUAUUCAAUUGAGAUGUUUGAGCAUAUGAAGAAUUAUAAGGAGCUUUUGAAGAAGAUAUCAGGGUGGAUGAAGGAGGAUGCUCUUCUAUUUGUUCAUCAUUUCUGUCAUAAAACCUUUGCUUAUCAUUUUGAGGAUGUAAAUGAAGAUGACUGGAUUACAAGAUACUUCUUCACUGGAGGUACAAUGCCUUCAGCAAAUCUACUAUUGUAUUUCCAGGAUGAUGUUUCUGUUGUUGAUCAUUGGCUUGUGAACGGGAAGCACUAUGCACAAACAAGUGAAGAGUGGCUGAAAAGAAUGGAUAAGAAUGUGAGCUCCAUAAAGCCAAUAAUGGAGUCAACUUAUGGGAAGGAGUGUGCUGUUAAGUGGACUGUUUAUUGGAGAACAUUCUUUAUUGCAGUUGCUGAACUAUUUGCUUAUAACAAUGGAGAAGAGUGGAUGGUUGCUCUUUUUCUCUUCAAAAAGAAAUGAAAAAAAUCAUCUAACUUCGAAGCUUCCCAUACCGUUCUAGUUCUCGUUCUCAUUCUUAUUCUUGCUCCUUAUGUCAAAUUUAGCUCGAGCUUCUUAUUUUCAUUGGAGUUUAAGAACACUACUUUCCUAGUUUGUAAAUUUUCUUAAUGAAAAAUAAAUUGAAUAUUAUAGAAGUAAA